AUCAAAGAGAAGAUCCCUGAUGAUCCUCUGGAGGCUGAUCUCAUCAUGAUGGCGGAGAUGGUGGCUGAGGACGCAGAGAGGGAGAAAAACAACACUACUAAUGACCAGACUGCUAACCUAAUGGACGACCUCGAUUUGGAAGCCUUAUCCAGCAAUCUAAGUUGGGAAGAGGAUUCUGUCUCUUCUGCCCAGACGUGGGAUCCAACCCCAGAGCUAGAGAAAGCACAGUCUAAAUCUGUUUCUCUGACCAUCACCUCUGCCCCAACAGAAAAGCCACAGAUGGAUCUGGAGGCUGAUUUUCCAGUCGAGAGCAUUGAACUUUUGAGAGGACAAACGCAAGAGGAGCCGCAGGUGGUAUCAAAUUUUGUCAAACGGAGACUUCGCAGAAAAGGUCGAGAUGGCCUCCCUCAAAAGAAACGGGCCCGUAAGAGUGCGACACCGGUAGUGGCAACACCAGCCCAAAACACUCAGACUAACCUCUCCCAACUGCAACAACAAUACGGCGUCAGUGCUUGGAAGAACUGGGUGCGCUGGAGGAAUGCCCAACCUCAUUUGGAGACUCCCAAAUUUGGCUCUUCAUUCUCUACCAAAUGAGCCACAGAUAAUACAAGAUCCCUGCAAA